CUGGCGGAGCAGGAGACCGGAAGGCCGUGGGCCGGGGUGCGAGCGGUCCGGCUGGGCUAGGGGCGGCGAGCCGUGGGUGGUGGCGCGCGGGGGACCGGGUCGGAGCCCCAUCCGCCCGCAGGCCGCCUCGCCGCCAUGGACCCCUUCCUGGUGCUGCUGCACUCGGUGUCGGCCAGCCUGUCGACCGGCGAGCUGACCGACCUCAAGUUCCUGUGCCGCGAGCAGGUGGGCAAGAGGAAGCUGGAGCGCGUGCAGAGCGGCCUCGAUCUCUUCUCCGUGCUGCUGGAGCAGAACGACCUGGAACCCCAGCGCACGGAGCUCCUGCGCAAGCUGCUCACCUCCCUGCGGCGCCACGACCUGCUACGGCGCCUGGACGACUUCGAGGCGGGGGCCGCGGGCGGGGCCGCACCCGGGGAGGAAGACCUGAGUGCAGCGUUUGACAUCAUAUGUGACAAUGUGGGGAAGGACUGGAAAAGGCUGGCUCGUCAGCUUAAAGUCUCUGAGGCCAAGAUGGAUGGCAUCGAGGAGAGAUAUCCCCGUAACCUGAGAGAACGGGUGAGGGAGUCCCUGAGAAUCUGGAAGAAUGUGGAGAAGGAGGAAGCCACGGUGGCCCGUCUGGUGGGGGCACUCAGGGCCUGCCAGAUGAACCUGGUGGCCGACCUCGUAGAGGAGGCCCAAGGCCUCCAGAACCAGAGUGGGGCCAUGUCCCCAAUGUCAUGGGACUCAGACACGUCUGCCUUGGAAGUACCCUGACGGGCUGCUGCUCUGCCGCAGUGGACCAUGGGCAUCCGCACGGGCUGGACUUUGGUUCUUUCCACGAGGGUAGCCAGGUGCCAUCUGUGCCCAGCGCUGCGAAGACACAGCGGAGCCAGGGUGAGUGAGCCCCGCUCUCACAGAGCCACAGACUGGCUGCUUCUGAAUUCAGGCUCUAUCGAUGCUUCCUCCAUGCCAGGCAGGGCCCGGGCGCUGCCCAGAUAUUUCUGUUUAUUCCUCACUGGCACUCUCAGAGCGAGAUCCUGUUGUCUCCACUAAACAGCCUCCUGCAGGAGAAAGUUGGAAAGAGGAUUUGAGGAUCCCACCUCCUUGCCAGUUUUAUUAUCAGAAAGGUACUGAUUUUGAUACAAAAUAGUAGCAAACUACAGAACCGCAGGAAUCACGAUACUCACAAGAACGUUAAUAGAGCGUGAGUGUGAGCGCUCGGCAGACAUCUCGGCUCCUUCACGGUCUGACCACUGGCCACACCAGGUCUCUAGACUUCUGGACCGGGACGUGUCUCACCCAUCACGCGACCUGGUCCUCGUGUCCAGGUCUACCCUGCCGGCCCCAGAGGAAACGGGCAGAACAUCCUUUCUGCCAACCAUGAGGGCAGAGAAAACACAGUGGCUAAAGGCGUGGCACCUGGGCCAGAAGGUGCGGGCACAGACCCCAGCUCUCCUGCUGCUACUCGCAGACUUUGCUCCAGUUCCUCAACCUCUCUGAGCUGGUUUCCUCACCCGCAGAGUAACAGGGGUAACUGCUAAUUUGUACAGAUUCCUUCUACGCUUCUGAGGUAAGCCUAUUAAAGCAAAUGCCUUUACGAUGGAAACCUCCGAAUCACGAAGAAUUUUCCAUGCCUAUUAAUACACUCUGAAACCCCAACAGCUGAUUUCAGUGUUGCUUGCAGCUUGUGGCUUCCGGCCUGUGAAUGUGGCAGCUGGAUUGCUUGACAGCUCACUGGCCACGAGGGCUCUGCUGGAGGUGGCCUUUGCCGCUUUUGGGAUCUGCUUGCCCCCGAGAGGCCUCAAAAUCAGAGGAAAGUGGCCAUUCUUUGUUCCAGCUCCACGGCUGUGACCUUGGGAAAGUCUCGUGCCAUGCUGAACCAUCUUGACCUCGGUUGCUGAAAUUGUAGCCAGGGUUGUGGGAGCACUGUCUCCACCAAGCUGUGGCCCUUGGCCGUGAGCUCCUCCACACCUUCGCCAGAUAAUUCUGGAUGCCGGGCACCAUGCUGCGAGCCAGGACCGUGGCAGUGAGUGAGACAGAAGGGGCCCUGCCUUGUCGGCCCCGAAAGCCUGCCCAGGAGCUGAGCCCGACCCUCUGUUACUCGCUGUACAUCCCCAGCCUCGGUAGCGCCUGCCUUUUCAAUUUUCAGCUCAGGGCUACUUCUGGAAGAAAAACAUCAUCCCUCACGGACUGAAGCGUGAGCAGCUUGGCUUUGGGGAGUAAGUUUUCUGGGAGGGAAAAAGAAUCCCUGUCUCUUGAGCAGAGGCAGAUGUCAGAGCUUCUACAUUCCCAUAAAAGUUUCUGGGAUAAGCUGCUGUAACGUGGAAAUGUCCUGCGUCUCCCUGCGUGCUUCUCACACCUGGCAGGAAUCCCGCCCUGCAUCACACCCGGUGUUCUGAAAGGGGUUUGGGGAAUGUGACAUUAGUGCACCUAAAACUUUCCAUCGCUCGGAGCAAACGCUGGGCCAGGCUCAGUCCCCAGUCUGCCACUGGCUUAACUCCUGGCCUGUCCUGCAGUCCUGUGUUGGGCGAGGGCGUGGGUCUCCUGUCCUUGGCGCUGACGUUCCAGGAUCUGCCCCCCCUGAGGGUGAGGGAGGAGGAGCUCGGGCUUCACAGUGGACCUGGGCCCUGCUCCCAGCCCCAUCGAGCCCUGCCCGGGAUGCGGCCUGGGGUGGGAUUCCCAGCCUCAGUCUUCUCUGUGCCGGGCCGCACAUGCUGUCCACCUCCAGGACUGGAGGGGGCUGGCCCAGCCCGGGCAGCAAAGCCACAGGGCAUGGUGACGUGCGGCACACUUGCCCCACGAGGCGAAUGUUGACGUGCGCAAGAGACUGCCCCAGGAAGGUGGGACUCGGCCAAGCAGAGACAUCCCUUUGUUCAGCCAGGCCCAUGAAGCAGCCACUGUGGCUGGGCACUGUGCCAGACGCUGGGGCUGCAGCUGAGCAAGACGGGCAGCUGUCCUCAGGGAGCACCGAAUUUUCCCAACUUCGUGAAACAAAGGGGAAAAGGGCAGAACGUAUACACAAGUGUCUGAAAAAGCAUAAAUGCUCAUAUAAUCACUGACAGUGGAGAGAUAAUGAUAAAUAUUUGAUAAUGGUGAUGAUUUUCUAGAUGAUAAGCUGUGUAUACUUUAUAUUUUCCACAUUUUCUGUAAUGUGUUUUUUAUUUUUUAAAAAAGACCCACCAGAUGCUGUAAUAGGCGCAGCCUGGACUGUUCGAUGGGGAGUGUUCCCAGAGAGCAGGGAGCGUGUGGGCUCCAGUCCUGGCUCUAAAAGGGGCCACUGGGUAAAAAUUACUUGUCAAAAUCUGGGGCGACUCGUUUCUCAGGUGCCUUUAAAGCAAGCAGUGAGAUUUCACCCAGAGCCCCAGGGACCGGUCCAGAGGUUACUCUGUUGCCUCUUUACGGUCUACUCAGAACCCCUGAGCUCAGCAGUAGCCUGUGGCCAUGGGGCACCGCCCUCCUCCCCCCAUCUGGACAGAUCUACAGCGGCAGGACCCUUCCCGGGCACUGACUGGAACCUCUUCCCCACGGGGAAGGUAUCUUCACAGCCUCUCCUGGGACCGAUGGGACCCGUGUCCACUCAGCAUCAUGACCUUUGGGACAGGUUCAGUUACACCCCAUCCUGAGUAGGAAACUGCUAUAAUUUUUGGACAAGGAUUUCUUGUACCAACUUUACCAAAAAAAGAGCUAUGUUCCUCUUUUUUUUUUUCAAUCCCGUAAAAUCUGUUUCUGAAAAAGGUGCGCAUAAGUUACAGGAUUUACUUGAAAACUGAAGAGCCACAUCUUGCUCUCCUAGUCCUCUUCCCCUGAGAAAGAAAAGCCCGGAUGUCUGCGCUUUGCAGGGAACUUCGGGCCUGUGCAGGGGAAUUUGAUCCAGCGCUUGCUGGGACAAAGGGUCAACGCCCUUGUCUUCAGGCUCCCAGAUCUGCAGGUGCCUUGCCUCCGCCUAGCGUUACGCAGCGCCGCCCCCGGGACCGUGGGCCCCUCACGCUCUAGCUGCCUUAUGCCCCCGGCACGCCUGAGACGGCUCCCUGCCACACCGUACCUGCUCCGUCCCAGGCUGUCACUGCCCUGUGUGCUUCUGUGUUCUGUCUUGCUCAGGCUCUGGGGCUCUGGUACUUCUCGAGACCAUUCUGUCUGCCAGCCUUCCUCUGAUCUCCCUCCUGAGCCUUGCCUAGCCCAGGUCCCUUCGCCCGCUGUGUCUCUGUCUGGCCCUGAUCUUUCUCCUAGGCCUGCAGACCCACGUUGAAGACAUAGAAGAAAAUCCAUUUCUUGCUUUUUGCAGCUUCUAGAAGCCACCUGCCUUUUAAUUCACGGCCCUUCCCUCCAUCUUCUAGCCUACACUGUAGCAUCUUCCGAUCUGUGACUGACUCUCCUGCCUGUCUCAGAAAGAUUCUUGUAAUUACACGGGGCCACCUGGCUAAUCCAGAUGGUCUCCCCAUGUCAACAUCCUUAAAUCCACAUUUGCCAAAACCCUUUGCCAUGUGAAGGAAAGUGUUCAGAGGUCCUGGGAUGAGGAUGUGGGCAUGGUCGGGGGCGGGCGAGGGUGCCUCCUCUGCCCGCCACACGCGUGGCACUCAGCAUCUCCUGCACCUGUGCCCAGUUCCAUGCUUGACACCACAGAGCCUCCUUCUUCUCACUGGUGCCCACUCUUCUCCCCCAUGUUUACCUGAGACCUCAGGAGCAUCCCUCCUGGCCCUGCUGCCACCGCGCUCCCGGCAGGGCCUGGCCCCUUCUCUCUGGACAGCCUCAGCGAGUGACUUCCUAACUCAUCCUCCCUCUGGUGUUGCCUCAUCUCCCCACCCCCUCUUCCAUCCCACCCUGCCUGCAACGGGAAACAAACCGAAUCACACUGUAGACCCUGACUCUGUUCUUGGAAACCAUGAGCUCUGUACACAUUUUUUAGUUUUAUGUUCUUAUUUCCAGAUAACCAUUCUGAGUCAUCGUGCUGCCCACUUUCUAACCACACCAUUCCUGUGUAAAUUGUGUCUGGAACCAGACCAUGACAAGGACAGCACGUGCUCGUGCCAAAACGACCAGUCACCCCUACAUCUGCUGAUCUGAAGGCAGGGCUUCUCUUACAGGGAACACUUGCAAUUGAAAGCCGUUUUCCUCAAAGAAGCCCUUAGUUUUUUGUUGUUGUUUUUUUUCCUUAGUUUCUUGAGUCAUUUACUAAGUUGAGACCCUGUGGCAAGAAUCGUGUAUACCAACCCUAUUAAUUGUCGCCGAGGAACAGAGGCCGAUUCAACCUGUGAAUGGGGUCCUCAUCGAGGGAAAGCCAAGUGACACAUGAACCAAGUUUUCAUGGUGUGGCUUGAACAGAAAAAGAAUGUCGUGGGCCAUUUGAGUGACCCCACGCACAGGCCAGGCACGAGGCCUCCCAAACCUACCUGACAGCACUCCGUAGACGUGAGGCUACAAUUUUAUUUCAGCAAAACGUCAUGUGUUAUUUGAUGGUUAAGCAGAAUGAGCUGUUUGGAAUGAAAAAGUGCCGAAGCUGGUUGGUGAUAAUGGUUGCACAGCGUUGCGGAUGUACCUAAUGCCACUGAGCUAUGCAUUUAAAAUGAUAAAGUCUGUGUCGUGUAUAUUUUGCCAUAAUUAAAAAAUAAAAACA